AGAAGAAGCACUUCCGCUGUGACGUAGCUCAUUAGUUAGUAAAUGGCGGUCGCACACAGGGUGGACUGUAAACAUUUCAACGGUUAUAACUGUUGGUUCAUGUGCCGUGCUGAGAGGAAAUUCACAACCAAAGAGACGUAAACGAAGCAAACGCUGAAGUAAUAAUGGAGAACGAUGAUGGAGAAAAGGACACGGAGUCUGAAGUGGCCGAGCUUCGUCUUAAAGUAGAUACCUUGAAGCAAGAGCUCAAAGAGUGCAAAGCCGAACUGAUCAAGGUGCAGAAGCAGCUGAGCCAGACCGAGAGACUGCAGAGGAGCACAGAGAGCUACAACGAAGACCUGAGGAAACAGGUUGACCAACUGAGUGCAGAGAUUCAUGAAAGAAAGAAGAAAGAUAAAGACAGAGUCGAUGUUGAAAUUCAGACAGAAGAAUACGUAUGGACAGACACUGAUUAUUACAACUACUACUAUGGAGGCUGCUAUCAGAACCCUGAGGGUGCUGACUCUCAGGAAAGCCCGAUCACAGCAGCAGUGGAUGCAGCUGAUGGCAGCAAGGCAGCAGAGGUUACAACACCAAAUGAAGCAGCAGCUGCAGAUGUGUCAGGUCAACCUGACAGCAGUGUAGCAGUCACAACUGAGGAGGUUGAUGGAGGAUCCAUAGCUGAUAUGUUGAGGGCCACUGCUGAGCAGGCUAUGACACAGACUGGGUUUGUCUUUGAUGAGUCAACUGGGAUGUACUACGACCACAGCACAGGCUUCUACUACGACUCGGCCACUCAGCUGUACUACGAUGCCAACACGGGCAUUUACUACUACUACGAUGCAGAGAGCGGAAGAUACCAGUUUCAUUCCAAGGUUGAGGUGCCUGCUGCACAAACCAGUGCAGAGCCUUGCCAAGACAAGAGUGCUGCUGAAAAGAAAGGCAGACGGUUCAAGAAAGGGGUGAAGAAAACCUCACACCAAGAUGAUAAGGAACUCGUAUUUGAUGAGUUGGAAGAAGAAGAAAUUGAGUGGGUCGAACGGAAAACAACUAAGAGGACCACGGAUUCACGGAAACUGAAGCGAAGGUCUUGCAGUCCAGACCUGGCUCCACAUAGUACAGACUUGUCUAAAUGCCGAGAGGAGAGAGACAAAUCUUCGUCAAAGAGGAAGAAGCAGAAAAACGGUUCACACCACAAGGAUAAGGGAAGAUCAAAGAAGAAAAGGAAGAAAUCUAAGUCAGAAAAACGCAAGAAGAAAAAGAGUCCGGUAGCUCGGAGUGAUGACUCAGAGGGGAACAGUGAGCCAGAAGAGGGUGAGAUCACAGAAUCAGAGAGAGAGGAAUGGGAGUCCACUUCCUCUUUCUCAACAUCUUCUAGCCCCCCCUCCAACGAGAGCCCAGAGUCAGAGAUGGAGACUCAGAGUCAGGAAGUUAAAGACAUUUGGCCGCCUUGUGUAAGAGUGACUGUGGUCAGAUCUCCAGUGCUGCAGGUGGGCACUUUGUUCAUCAUCACAGCCGACUCUGCAGCAACCAUUGGCAGAGAGAAAGAUAUGGAUCAUGCAAUCCGAAUACCGGAAAUGGGAGUCAGCAAGUUCCACGCGGAGGUGUACUUUGAUCAGGAGCAGCAGAGCUACAUGCUGGUGGACCAGGGAAGCCAGAAUGGAACAGUCAUCAAUGGCAACAGAAUCUUACAGCCCAAAACUAAGUGUGAUCCGCAUGCACUGAUGCACGGUGAUGAGGUGAAGAUGGGAGAGACUGUGCUGUCCUUCCACAUCCACUCAGGGACUGAUACCUGUGAUGGCUGUGAGCCCGGUCAGGUGAUGGCUCACCUCAGCAAGCACAGGAGAGAGGAGACUGCAGUGCCUGCUCUCACCAAAGAGGAUAAAGAAGCACUAAGACAGAAGGAGCUGAAGCAGAUGAAGGCCAAAUAUGGCCUGCAGGUGAGUGUCAUCAGGACAAGCUGCAGCCAGUUUCAGUUUACACCCUCUUCUCGUUAUGCAGCCAGUCACAUCUUUAAACUGCUUUUCUGUAAACAGAGUAGUGAAUAUGAAGAGGCCAAAGCCCUGAGGAACACUAAAUACAAGGACCGAGCAGAGUCUCGACGACAGACUGUGGGCAGUGAGGGUGUUUUCCAAAAAAAUGACGCCCCGGCUUCUGUUCAUGUGGAGAUCAGUGAAGUCAACAAAGGGCGGAAGAUGUUGGAAAAGAUGGGCUGGAAGAAAGGAGAGGGACUGGGUAAAGAGGGAACUGGAAUGAAAAACCCGAUUGAGCUUAAAAUCAGAAAGUCCCAGUCAGGUUUGGGGGCUGGUGGCACCAUGUCUGUAGAUGAUGUCUCUCUGACCAGAUCAAAGUCGCAGAAGAACUGGGAGAAAGCACGUGAGAGAUUCGCUGACUCCUGCCAGUCCGAUAUGUUGUCACCCAAAACACAGAAGAACAAAUCACCCAAAUCCUGGGUCAGAGCAGAAGAAUCAGACGCCACAGACUCUCCUGCAGGUUUUGAUACAGACGGCCAAAGCUAGGAAGAAGCACGAGUGUGUACAUUCACAGUGGACUUAAAUGCUGAGUGGGGAACUUUGAUGCGUAUCAGCAAAUGUGAUAUUUGUAGAUUAUAGUAAAUAGUGUUAUUUUACUUUUUUAACUCCAUGACUGACAAUGAAAUGUUGCUCUGAGAGUCGGCUGAAACAGAAUCUGACCACAACUAUCACUGUCUAUCAACAAGUUGUCCUGUGCUGUGCAUAAACAAUGUCCUUAAUUGGUCAGAGUGAGCUUGCGAAUGUGUUUCUUCCUCUCCUCAAUAAGCGAACUGUGUGGAAUGUUUACAAUUUAAAACACAGAGGAAGAGUGACGGACAAAUGCUCACAGUCCAACAUGCCUGUAGUCCAACCCACAGAGGGCAGAGCUGCCACUGUGCCUUUGAAAACGAAGAGGACAUGAAUCGCCUCGAGCAAAUGUUGACACAGUGAAGAUAUAUUUCUCACAGUGAGAUUAUACUGUGGAUGAGUUCAGACAGCAACGAAACUGUUAAACCAGUCACCACAGCUGGGUUGUAACAAUGUCCAAAACCCCCCUUUUUUUUCAUGUUGUACAUUAAACUUCGAUCAUGCUCA